GGCGGUGCUGCUAACCGGAAGGGGCGUGUCAUCACUUCCGGUAGCGAUGCGGUGCGAGCUGCGCGGGGCGGGCGGGCUGGUGCCGCUGCCCGAUGGCGAGACCGUGGUGCUGGGCCGGGGGCCGCUCACCGGCGUCACCGACCGCAAGUGCUCCCGCGGGCAGGUAGAGAUCGUGGCCAACUACGCCGAGCGCACGGCCCUGGUCACCCAGCGAGGCGUGAACCCCACUUCCGUGGGGGGGGCAGCGCUGGGCCGGGGGGGUCACGCCACCCUUCACCCCGGCCAGACCCUCUGCUUGGUCAACGGGCUUUAUCCCCACCAACUUCACUUUGAGGGGUCCCCCCGGCCCCCAAAACGUCCCCUCAGCCCCUCCACAUCCCCCCCUCCACUCCGGGGGGGUCCCCCAAAAUCCCUGACUGCCCCCCAUGACGCUUGGCAUCACCACGGCGCUCUCCUCGUCUUCACCCCUCCCGGCGUCGUGCCCAGCGCUCAGAUCGCCGGGUUCGACCUGGACGGGACCCUCAUCACCACCAAGUCGGGGAAGGUUUUUCCCACUGGCUCCGACGACUGGAGGAUUUUGUACCCCGAGAUUCCCAAGAAGCUGAAGCAGCUGCGGAGCGAUGGGUAUAAGCUCGUUGUCUUCACCAACCAACUGGGGAUCUCCCGUGGCCGCCUGCGUCCUGACGACUUCAAGGUCAAGGUGGAAGCAGUGACCCAACGGCUGGGGCUGCCCCUCCAGGUGCUGGUGGCGACAGGGCCGGGGAUCUAUCGGAAACCAGUGCUGGGGAUGUGGGAUCAUCUCUGCGAGAAGGCCAACGGGGAUGUGACGGUGUCGGUGGCCAAGAGCCUCUACGUGGGGGACGCUGCCGGGCGCCCCCCGAACUGGGCCCCUGGGCGCAAGAAGAAGGAUUUCUCCUGCAGCGACCGCCUGUUCGCCCUGAACGCGGAGCUGCGCUUCCAGACGCCGGAGGAAUUCUUCCUGGGCUGGGCGCCUGCGCCCUUCGACCUGCCGACCUUUGACCCCCGCCAGCUGGACCCCGAGGCUCCGCUGUACGACCCCCCCGCCGCCCCCCUGCUCUCCUCCAGCCCCGAGGUGGUGGUGGCCGUCGGCUUCCCCGGGGCCGGCAAAUCGACCUUCCUGAAGACGCACUUCGUCCCCGCCGGCUACGUCUACGUCAACCGGGACACCCUGGGCUCCUGGCAACGCUGCGUCGCCGCCUGCACCGACGCCCUGACCCGCGGGCGCCCCGUGGCCGUCGACAACACGAACCCUGACCCCGAAUCGCGACAGAGAUACGUGGCGUGCGCCCGCGCGGCCGCCGUGCCCUGCCGCUGUCUCCAUUUCACGGCCACGCUGGAGCAGGCGCGACACAACUGUCGGUUCCGGGAUAUGACGGAGAGCGGCCACAUCCCGGUGACCGACGUCGUGCUGCACGGGUACAGGAGCAAGUUCGUCGCCCCCUCCCCCGACGAGGGCUUCGCCCAGAUCCUGCGUGUCCCCUUCGUCCCCCGUUUCGGGGACCCGCGACGCCAACGCCUCUUCCUCCAGUUCAACGACGGAUGAGACGCCCCCACCCCCCCAAAACCCCUCCCCCACCCCCUCGAGCCCCCCAAUAAAGGUGUUGCCCCCCCCCCCCCCCCCCCGCGAGGAUUCGCACAUCC